GAGUGGACCUACCCAAUGAGACGAGAGAUGCAGGAAAUUUUACCUGGAUUAUUCUUAGGCCCAUAUUCUUCUGCUAUGAAAAGCAAGCUACCUAUACUGCAGAAACAUGGAAUAACUCACAUAAUUUGCAUACGACAAAAUAUUGAAGCAAACUUUAUUAAACCAAACUUUCAACAAUUAUUUAGAUAUUUAGUCUUGGAUAUUGCAGAUAAUCCAGUGGAAAAUAUAAUACGUUUUUUCCCUAUGACUAAGGAAUUUAUUGAUGGGAGCUUACAAGCUGGAGGAAAAGUUCUUGUCCAUGGAAAUGCAGGGAUCUCCAGAAGUGCUGCCUUUGUUAUUGCAUACAUUAUGGAGACAUUUGGGAUGAAGUACAGAGAUGCAUUUGCUUAUGUGCAAGAAAGAAGAUUUUGUAUUAAUCCUAAUGCUGGAUUUGUCCAUCAACUUCAGGAAUAUGAAGCCAUCUACCUAGCAAAGUUAACAAUACAGAUGAUGUCACCACUUCAAAUAGAAAGGUCCUUAUCUGUUCAUUCUGGUACCACAGGCAGUUUGAAGAGAACACAUGAAGAAGAAGAUGAUUUUGGAAACAUGCAAGUGGCCACUGCCCAGAAUGGCUGACUCAAGACUAACGUUACAGAGGCUGCAAAUUUCUAUUUGGAAAGAGAAAAUACUGAAGAUGAUAAUAAUUUAAAGUGGUAAAAACACAAGUAGUUUCCUUUCAGUUACGUUGCUUCCAGACGUUUCUCUGCAACUUGCUAAGCAACAUUUUAAGAAGAUGUUGGACUUCUGCAGUAGAUGGCACUGAUGGUUUUACCCUUUUUUUUUUUUUAACUUUACAGUUUUAUUAUAAACUAAGAAUUUUGGACUUGCAAAGAGUUAUUAUUGCAAUAAUGCACUUUUCAUACUUGAAAUUUAUUUGUAUGACACAAAGUUAUUACUUUAAACAAAAUGCAAGUUAGGGGGCAUUUGUUGAUCAAUUUUGGGUAAUUUAUAACAAAAGAAUUUCCUAGGGUUUGCUACAAAUUCGUUUUGUGUUCUAUAUAUUACAUUUAAAAAAUAAUUUUACAGUUACAUUUUAUGAUGGAACCCAACAUAACAGAAGUGCAGGAAUCUACCACUUUCUUAGUAUAAGUCAAUAAAUGAAUGACUAGUUUUUUAACCUUCUUGAUCCCUUGUUAAUUAGCUACCCUUAUUCUACUUAAUCCAGUUAAUGCUUCCUAUUACCUUAAUUCAUUUAUUCUUUAAGGGAAAAUGUUUUGCUUUAUAGUACAAGAUGUUCAAAAACAAAGGUAACAUUAAGAUUUUCAAUUGAAUUUUUUCUUUCAAAGUACAUAACUUUCUGGUUUUUUGAGACAGGGUCUUGCUGUAUAGCCCACACUGGCCUCAUUUAUGAUCCUCCUGCCUCAGCCACCCAAGUAUUGGGAUUACAGGCUAGAAAUGCAUAAAUCUCGACACUGAGUUCUUGCACAGCGUAUCAUCCUCUAAACAGGACAGCCAACUUGCUGUGUUUCCUGUCCUCAACUCUGAAAUUUGUCCCACUGCAAAGAAGGUGCUCUCUGCAGUCCCUCAUUUGUCUCUCAGUGGCUUUCACCCGUGCGGCACCACUGCCUCACAAGUGGGUUCGGGUCCACGGGGGAGGAUCUGCUGUCGUCUUUCUGAUGAGCUCAAAGUCCUCCCGGCCCUGGUAAUCAGAUUGUUCCUAGAACAUCCACAGCUCCCUGAGGAGCUGCCAGCUUUUGUACAGGGAGCCAGGGGACAGAAGUGUGUGUCCGUGUACCCUGGAGCCCGAGGACACUCAAGCUUCUCCGGUCCUCCCAGAAGCUUUGCAGUGUAAGGAUAAUCUUCUUGUAGAGUCCUUGUCCUCAGCCUCUCCUCAUUGCCUCUGAAAUCUCCCAAAUGUUGGUCAUCUUGGAAAGGGCAUCUGCUGACCAGUUGCUCCAUACAGGUUGGUUGGACAGCGCUGUCCCCAGGGGAACCCGUGUGAGAUGGUGAGUGUGACAAGACACUCCACUUGCCGUCUGUGGCCCCCCUGAGAACCACUGUCAAGGAUGUUAACAGCUGCGGUUUCAAGUUGGCUAACAGUGUGUCAGACCCAGCAGUGACUUCCAGGAGCUGGCACGGCUGCCAGAAGAAAAGCAGAAGCACCUGCUGGGCUCUGCCGUGAAGCCCGAGGCGAAGGUCCCAUCAGGGAAACACACUUGGAGACUCCCUUGGCCAAGAUUUCACGUGAGCUGCGUGCAGGGGUCGUGGGGACCCGUCUGCCCACGAGUCAAGAUGAGUCGUCCCCACGGGAGCCUUCACUUGCUCCCACUGCCCUCCACCACUGAGCUACUUCCACAGCCCUUUUUUAUUUUUUGAACAGGGUCUCACUAAGUAGCCCGACCUGGGCUUGAUCUUGGAAUCCUCCCUGCCUCAGCCUUCUGGGUGCUGGGAUUACAGGCCUGUCUGAGGCCAGUGUCCCAUGUCUUAUAAGAUAUGGGUGAUGGUUUCCACUGCUGAACUCCAGAAAUCAGAGACCAUCCCCGCUGGACUGCUGUGCCCCUAAGCUCUGCCCGCCUCUCCGCACCAGCCCCACCGAAGGUCUCUGCUGCUGCGGUCCCAGCACCACCUUCUCAGCUGCCGCCCAUGCGCUCUCCCUUCGCUUGUUUGAAGCCAAAUGUCAACACUUUCAGAGCUGCCUGUUUUUACCGUUUUUUUUUCCUAAAUGAAGCCCCCAAAAAGAAAAGUGCCUUGCAUCACUUAAAAAAAUGUUAGUCCUCAUUGAUCUCUAAACUAGUAUGUAGGCCAAUGAAAAGCUCUUAACGUUUCUUGUAAUUUCUUUUGUUUUUAAACUGUUAGUUUAAACUUAACCUUGAAGAAACAUGAAAUUAUUUGGAAUGUGGAACAUUUACUUUUUCAUAUUGUCUUGUUUAUGUGAGGUUAUUCCAACUCAGAUGCUUUUCUUUGAAGGUGAAUUUAUUGGGGAAAGUGAUUUGCGCAUGUUUUUUGUGUGUUUUAAAUUAGUGUUUUAAUCAGUUCUUUAUAUUGAAUUGAAAUUUCUCCCAUAAUUUGCAUUAGCAAAGUCACUUUUAUAGAUCUUAGUUGUCUGUUACUUAGGUCUUUAAAAAAAAAAACUGUAGUUAUUUUGAAUAUAUGAGGGAAAAGGAGAGUCUUUAACUUUGCAUAGUUGAUGACCUUAGGGCAGCACAAAGCAAACUCCUCUCCACUUCUCUCAGUCCUCUCUUGAGGUGCUUCACAAAUUGCU